UUAACGUUAACGCGACCGCCCCCUUGGCCAACGGAUCCUUGCAACGGUUGCGUUUGGCUGGGCUCCUUCGCCACAGUCAUGUGAUUGUAACGUAAAACCCCCUCACCGGAAAACAACCGACGACCCUCUCCGCCACCGAGCGCAGCAGCCGACAAAGCUGCUGGGAGCCCGGAGAGGACGGACGUGUCGCCGCCCGGUGACAAAACAAGCACGGAAACGUUCGGCGGUGCCGUCGCGGCGACCAACCAUUUAAGGCGGACGAGCGGCGGCGAAGGUUGAAGAAUGGAGUUGGCCAACCACGGUCUUAUCCUGCUGCAGCAGCUCAACGCUCAGAGAGAAUUUGGCUUCCUGUGCGACUGCACUGUGGCCAUCGGGGAUGUGUUCUUCAAGGCCCACAAGGCUGUGCUCGCGUCCUUCUCAAACUACUUUAGAAUGCUCUUUAUUCACCAGGACAGUGACUGCGUGCGUCUGAAAGCGACCGACAUCCAGCCCGACAUAUUCAGCUAUCUGCUCAACCUGAUGUACACCGGCAAGCUGGCCCCGCAGCUGAUCGACCCCACGCGUCUGGAGCAGGGCGUCCGCUUCCUGCACGCCUACCCCCUGCUGCAGGAGGCCAGCCAGUCGGUCUACGCGCACCCCGAGCAGAGCAUCAACCUUUCCACCUCCCUCUACGGCAUUCAAAUCGCCGACCAGCAGGCGGCGCUCUCGAGCCACUUGGCGCUCUCCUCGCCCGUCGACAUGGAGACGCUGGGGUCGGAGGCCCAGUACCCGUCCCUGGCGCCGGGGGCCAAGGCGGCGGCCUCCCCUCCGGAGGCGGAGGCGUCCACGAGCGGCGUCCAGCCUGCCGCCGAGGAGACCGCUUCGGAGUCAACAAGCGUGGAAGGAGGCACCUUCGCCAACGCCAUUUUGCACGUGAAGCCCAGCAUCAUGAAGAGAAGCUCAUCCUUCCGGAAGCACUACUCCUGCCACCUGUGCAGGAGUCGCUUCAACCAGAGGAGCCUGCUGAGGGAGCACCUCCUGCAGCACGCCCAGGCUGUGGAGAACCACAACGUCCCCUCGCCCGUUACGGUCGCCGAACAGAGCGCGCCGGAGGCCGAGGGGCUCCUGAAGGCGAGUGGCGUCGCCGCUGUGGAGAUAAUCAGCGACGGCGAGCAGACGCACGCUUCCGGCAACAACUCUGACUCCCCCCGCGCCGAGGUAUCCGCGUCCGGCUGGGGCGCGGGCGGCUCAAACUCGCAGGCAGACACGCCGCCGCCCUCGGACAUCGCCGACAUCGACAACCUGGAGAACGGCGACCUGGACCGUGAGCUGAAGCGGCGCAAAUACGAGUGCUGCACGUGCGGCCGCAAGUUCAUCCAGAAGAGCCACUGGCGCGAGCAUAUGUACAUCCACACGGGCAAGCCGUUCAAGUGCAGCGCCUGCGGCAAGAGCUUCUGCCGCGCCAACCAGGCCGCCCGCCACGUGUGCCUCAACCAGGGCGCCGACGCCUACACGCUGGUGGACCGCCAGAGCAUGGAGCUGUGCGCGGCCGGUGACGACAGCAGCCAAAUGGAGGCCAUGUUCCUGGCCACGUCCAAGCCCUACAAGUGUAACAUUUGCGCCACCACCUUCUCCAGCCCCAACGAGGUCAUCAAGCACCUGUGCUUCACGCAGGGGGGCCUGGCGGGGCUCCAGGGGGGCGCCGCCCUGAUGCUCCCGCACGACGAGCUCUCCAAAGACGACGGCUCCGACCUGUCCAACUCGGGCACGCCACUCGAAGCCAUAAAGGCUGAGGACAUCCUGGUGGAGUAGCCGCCAAAGCUGCCAAUUUUCAUCCUAAAUUAUAACUCAUGACUAAGCUAUCAGAUGUCAGUCAGGGUUUUUUUUUUUUUUUUUUUGUGGGAGAGCGAACAACCUUUUUGUGUUCCAUUCACGUUGGCUCGGAUAGAAUGAGUGGAAAUAACCGCCGUCUUUUCUCAUCUCACCAAUAGUGCACUGAUUUGUCCAUUUACAGGAAUGCUUUAUUUCCUCUCAAAACGACGACCUGGGCACACUAAUAGAACAGAUGUCUUACGAGUGACGCUACAACUGUGUGCGACUAUUUUACUAGGUCAAGGGUCAACAUCCCUCAAGGUGGGCCUGUUCUCAAACUAGCUCACUAGUGAUGGGACGUUGAAUUUAUAGAAAUAAUACAUUGGGCGGCACGGUGGAUCAGCUGGUAAGAGCGUUGGCCUCACAGUUCUGAGGUCCCGAUGUGACGGUCUGAGCGCUCCCCCGUGCUGAAAAGUCUCCUUGUGAUGUAUGGGUUACCAACAGAGGAACUCUGGGUACGUAGCAGACACUUACACCCGGUCUCAUAGUUCCCCUUCUUCUAUAUUGAGGGAGCUAACAUACGUUAUAACCUAACCUUUAAACAAAAGCUGAUAAAAAGAUGUACACAUAUAUGUACGUUCGCUGUGUUUGUCUUUUUGAGACGUCCAUAGCGAACGUGAACGCUCAGCGACUAGUUGUCGGACGGCACAUGUUGAAGCAUGGAUGGGGAUGUUUCAGACUGGCUGGAAGUUUACAAAAUAUACGCGCAUGCGCAUUAAUCACAAGUAGACUUUUCAGCACUGGGACUGCUCAGACCAUCAGACUGGGUUCAAUCCCGAACCCCGCCUGUGUGGAGUUUGCACGUUCUCCCCGUGCCUGCGUGGGUUUCCUCCGGGCACUCCGGUUUCUUCCUACAUCCCAAAAACAUGCAACAUUAAUUGGACUCUCUAAAUUGCCCCUAGGUGUGAUUGUGAGUGCGGCUGUUUGUCUCUAGGUGCCCUGCGAUUGGCUGGCGCCCGGUUCAGGGUGCACCCCGCCUCCUGCCUGUUGACAGCUGGGAUAGGCUCCAGCACUCCCCGCGACCCUCGUGAGGAUAAGCGGUAAAGAAAAUGGAUGGAUGGAAUACAUUGCUUAUUUAUUUGUUUCCUACAUUGCCAUUAAUAAUUAUGAAAAGAAAUAACAUAGGCUUAGUAUUGAUUAUUAAUUAUUAAAUGCAAUUUUUAAGAAAUCCAUGGUCGCCCUUCGCAUGACUCGGUACCCGAGCAGUCUGUUUUGAAAAGGUUUGUGACCCUUUUCGCUAGAUAUCAAUUGGUAGAAUGUUCUAAUGUCACUAAGCAUAUUAUCAGGCAGAUGUCAAGUAGUACACAGUUCUCCCUCACAAGUAAUAUGUAAUUGUGCUACUUCUGUGCUGUAGUUUUCUACUAGUGGGUAGAAAUGUCAUCCAUAACUGGAAGGGGGAAAAAAAGUCACUAGUAAGACAGUCGUUCUGCGACUGCACAGAAUUGUCUUAACUAGUGAAGACGGAGAAUUCUAGUGCUUGGACAAAUCGGCACACUAGUAGCUUUAUCGAAUAAGGGCUCAAAAGACGUGUGGCACCUGACUUCUGCUGCGGUGAGGAUGUUGGCAUUCUAACAGGAAGCAAGGGGCCCAACUUGUGGGGGUAGGCGUGUAGUCGUGAGGCCAAUACGUACAACCUGGUUCUGCUUCGCUGCAGGAAGACCCGUUCAAAACAAAAAAAGCUAAAUUCCACAAAGACACAGCCGAGACAAUCUGUGCUCUUGACACCUUCCAUUUCGUCUUCGGCGAUCGGCAAAAUUAAGCGAACACAAUUUGCACAAAUGAUGAUGGCAUCCACCAAUGGAAAGCACCCUUGACUUUCCGCAUUAAAGUAUGGACAAAGAAGAAAGUAAAAGCAUGAAUGAAAACUUGAAUUCACCCCCUUUUCAAUAUAAAUAUUUCUAAUUUUAUACACAGCGGUAUACUAUACAGAGAGUUUAUUGUGAUUUAAAAAAAAAUGUAGCUUUCCGAGUAGAAAUGCAUUUGAUUUUGCAGGUCAACAUGUAUUGGGGAUGGGUGAGACAGAUAGUUUUAACUGUAGCCUUAAAUGAAUUAAGAAUUUGUAAUAAUUGUAGUUACAGGUUGAUAAGAUAGCUGUUGUUGAAGGCUUCCAUUUUUUAUGUGAAUACAGCAAACAUUUGUAGAUAUUCUUUUUUUAAAAACUGCAAAAGUCAAGCUUUUUUUUUUUACAUAUUUUUUUUUAAAAACAAAAAUGGUUGGUUUUAAGGUCGUAUUUUUUCCCCAUUUUUAUGACAAAAUGUGUUUGUUUCAUCCAAAAUUUGAUUCGUGGAUACUUAAAAAAAAAAAAAGAUGAAACUUGGAAGUACAUGCUUUUGUUUGAAUAAUAUUUUCCCCCGCUAUACAUAUGGUUCCACUCGCUAAACCAAUGUUCUCCUCAUCUAGAACAAAAAUGUUUGGAAUAUUUGUUCUCCAUCAAAGUUCCAAAGAUAGACGUGGGUGUGUUGUUGCAGUUGGCCCGGUUUUGCGGCUAGAUGGCGCUGUUUGACUGCGCUCCUGUACACCAACAUCAGCACACGUCUGUGUCGUUCGCAGGAACAUCAUUUGGAAUAUUUGUUGGGAAUAUUGUUUUUUUUUCCAAGUCAUUCACUGCCUAGUGGGUGUGUGUACAUGUGACUAUCUCAGGAAGAUGACACAGUUUGACACCGUCCUGUGUGUAUGUGUGUGUGUGUGUCCUAUUAUGUUCGGGAGGCAGGACGGAUUCAUCCCAUAAUACUUGAGUAACACAUGCUGAUGUUCCCUCAUAAAGCUCGUCUGACAUCUACUGUGAUUGAUAUGUGCUCUCAGGAAUGUGACUUUUCCCCCCUUCCUUUACUUUUAUCAAUAGCUUUUUUUUUUAAGUGAAGAGCAAACAAUAAAAUGUCUUUUGAUAACA